GGUAAAAGCUAUAGAACUUAAAAGGUGAAAACUUCAACAAUUCUCUUCUUCAAAAGUGAAGACUGUUUACGAUACAAAUCUAUGUAGAAGAAAAAUCAGGCAAAAUUGGCGCCAAGCCUAGGGUCUCUCCGAGCCUCCGACCAUCCAAUUUGCGAUCAGGAACGGCGCUAUUUCGCACUAUAGCGUCAUAAUGUACCGACAGGGGACUGAGUUCUUUAUGGUUGAUCCUCCUCUAAAUACUAACUACAAACGUCCUACUCGCGUGACUCCUAUUAUGGACACGGCAGCGCGUAUUGCUCAGAUGUCCACCACGCAUAGGAGAAUUUUUGGUGAGAGAUUGAAGUCCCUUUAUUCGCAUUGGAACAAACACCGAUCUGAUAUGUGGGGUUGUUCCGAUGUUAUCGCAAUUGGAAAACUACCAGCGUCGAAGGAUCCGCAGUACCGCAAGUCUACGGCAUUGAAUGUUUGGCUGGUGGGUUUUGAGUUUCCAGAGACAAUGAUGGUGUUCACUAAGAAAAGAAUUCAUUUCUUCUGCAACCAAGGUGACUCUUUCAAUCCUGCUCUUCUCAGGAUGCCUGCAAUGAAGGCUGUGGGUGUAGACAUUGUGAGGCAUGUGAUACGAGACGUUGAUGUCUACUCUGCUCUGAUGGAUAAUUUAUUGCGUGACAUUUGCGCUCAUGCAAAGGCCGAUGGCCAUGAAAUUCCUGUUGUGGGGCACAUAGGAGGGGAGGUUCCUGAGGGAUUUCUUUUUGAAUCUUGGUCUGAAAAGCUGAAGAAUGCAAAUUUUCGGAUGAGUGAUGUGACUAAUGGGUUGUCUGACUUGUUGUCUGUCAAAGACAAUGAGGAGCUUGCGAAUGUGAAGAGAGCUGCUUUCUUGACUACUAAGGUCAUGAAUAAUAUUGUGGUUCCAAAUCUUGAGUUUGUUAUUAAUCACAGUGAGAAGGUAACACAUUCUUUUUUGAUGGAUGAGAUGGUGAAGGCUAUACAGGAACCCUCUAAAGCUUUUGCGAAGCUGAUUAAUGUAGAAAACGUUGGUAUCUGUUACCCUCCUAUUCUUCAGAGUGGUGUUGGUGGCAAUGAUGAGUUACUUUCAUAUGAUUCUGCUAGUGUGGUUAUAUGUGCUUUUGGAUCCCGUUAUAAGAGUUACUGCUCAAAUGUAGCCAGGACAUUUUUGGUUGAUCCCAAUCCCUUUCAGAGAAAGGCACAUGAAAUUCUUCUCAAGGCCCAUGAUGCAGCCAUUAGUGAGUUGAGGCCCGGGAACAAAGCUAGUUCUGCAUAUCAAGCAGCUCGUUCUGUCGUGGAGAAGGAGGCUCCUGAGUUAGUACCUAAUCUGACAGAAUCUGCUGGGACAGGCAUUGGUAUUGAGCUUGUUGAGUCCCGGUUGAAACUUAAUGCGAACAAUGACCUUGUGCUGAAAGCAGGAAUGGUGUUCAAUGUGUCACUUGGUUUUGAGGACUUGCAGAGUCAGAGUGGUCUUACUAAUUCAAAGGAUCAUAGCUUCUCUUUGUUGCUAGCUGAUACUGUUGUUAUUAACAAUGUCAAGCCAGAGGUCUUGACAGUCGAAAGUGCUAAAGCUAUUAAGGUUCCUAGUAAAAUGAAACAAGAUGCUAAUGGAACAGAAGAUCUGCGGUCCAGCAAAAGGAUGAGGUUCAAGCUUGACUGGAAUGAUGAGCUUGACGGGAACGAUGAGCCCACUUUCUCCGUUGUGUCCACUCAGCCUUCCACUUUUUCCCUGGGUGUUCCAUUGCUUUGGUCACAUUCGGGUCUGGCACCUGCUGAUGUACGGACUGACCCUCUCAAUGCCAGAGAGAGGCUAUCAUAUGCGGAAAGGGGGAAGUCCACAAGGAUAAAACCCACAGAGAAAAUGGAUAUGCUAAUAGCCAAGUACUAUAUUGAUGACACAAAGGGUCGUGUGCAGCUAACAGAGCGUACAGUUCCAGUGUCGCAGACAGAAAGACCUCCAUGGCAGACAGAAAGAGCUUCAUAUGGUAUACCUUCAUGGAAGAGAGAAAGAUCAUCAUGGAAGAGAGAAAGACCGUCUUCAUUCGUUACACCUCCAUGGGUAGCAAAACCUGCAUUAGGCACACUUGACUGGAAGACAGAGAGACCUGUUACACCUCCAAGGCAGAAACAAGGUGCAUUUGGUUAUGCUUAUUGUUUCUUUUAAGCAGCAGAUGUAGAGGUGUUUAGUAAAAUAAAAAUCUGCAGCUUUUUUUAUUAAGUUGAGGCUCUUCCAACCCCAGAAGCAGAAGCUCUUCAAUACUUACUUGUGGAAGCUGCUUAAAGAAUACUGCAGCAGAACAUUAGAUGAAAAUUUUGAAAUACCAGAGACUACCCUCACUCUCUAUGAGAAAUUACAGCCUCUGCGCCAUCUAUCUUCUAUUCUCCUCCACGCAGUGAAACACUCUCCCUCUGAUCCUCUCUUAAAGAGUAACACCAAUUCAUCGUCCAAAGGGGGGAAUGCUCAAAUGGUGAAUAAUCACCCUCAGAAAGUUCAUUAAUCUCAUGAUUCUCAUGUCAGUUUUUGUUUUGAGUUUUCCAAUUUUCAGCAAUGUCGAUCUGCAAUUUUUUUCUACUGCUGAAGUUUAAAUCUUCGAAUUGUUUGCGAAUUUGGAGUUGGUAUAGGCUUAAUCUGCAUUUUUUGGAACC